GUCCACGCCGGAGGCUGUCUUUAAAUACGGGGAGACACCCCCACACCGGCAGCACUUCAGUCAAAGAGCGUUAGUGUGGAGCUGACACAUUCCAACUCCUGUUUUCACCCGUUUCUUUGAAACAUUCAAGAUGUCCACCAUGGAGAAGCUCAUUGGCCAUGUGAUGAAGGAGGAGCCUGUUGGCAGCAGGUGCAAAGUGACUGUAGUGGGUGUUGGCAUGGUGGGCAUGGCCACUGCUGUCAGUAUCCUGCUCAAGGACUUGUGUGAUGAGCUGGCACUGGUUGAUGUGAUGGAGGACAAGUUGAAGGGUGAGGCGAUGGACCUGCAGCACGGAUCCCUCUUCCUUAAGACGCACAAGAUUGUAGCUGAUAAAGACUACAGUGUGACAGCCAACUCUAAGGUGGUGGUAGUGACUGCAGGUGCCCGCCAGCAGGAGGGCGAGAGCCGUCUCAAUCUGGUGCAGCGUAACGUUAACAUCUUCAAGUUUAUCAUCCCCAACAUCGUCAAGUACAGCCCCAACUGCAUCCUGAUGGUGGUCUCCAACCCAGUGGACAUCCUGACCUAUGUUGCCUGGAAACUGAGUGGCUUCCCCCGUCACCGUGUGAUUGGCUCUGGCACUAACCUCGACUCUGCUCGUUUCCGCCACAUCAUGGGAGAGAAGCUCCACCUGCAUCCUUCUAGCUGCCAUGGUUGGAUCAUCGGAGAGCAUGGAGACUCUAGUGUGCCUGUGUGGAGUGGUGUGAACGUUGCUGGAGUUUCUCUUCAAGGCCUCAACCCAAAGAUGGGGGCUGAGGGUGACCCAGAGGACUGGAAGGCAGUGCACAAGAUGGUGGUUGAUGGAGCCUAUGAGGUUAUCAAGCUGAAGGGCUAUACUUCCUGGGCCAUUGGUAUGUCUGUUGCUGACCUAGUGGAAAGUAUCAUGAAGAAUCUGCACAAAGUGCACCCUGUGUCUACACUUGUCCAGGGCAUGCAUGGGGUGAAGGAGGAAGUCUUCCUGAGCAUCCCUUGUAUCCUGGGCAACAGUGGCUUGACAGAUGUCAUUCACAUGACUCUGAAGCCUGAGGAGGAGAAGCAGCUGGUGAAGAGUGCUGAGACCCUGUGGGGUGUACAGAAGGAGCUCACUCUGUGAAAAGCACGUCUCUGAAUUCUCCAGUUGUCCCUAAAAUGACACCAUGUGACUCCCUCCUAGUUUCCCUCUUGUGUCUCUCAUUGUAAUUGGUUGCUGUCACCUGUGAAUUUCAUAAAAGGCCAAGUGCUUGUAACUAAACCUCUCAAAGCUGGGUUUUACGUUUGAGAGAUUCACAUACAGGUGUCAUUUUUCCUUUGCUUCCUUCAACCUGGCCUUGAUCUUCCAUGAAAUUUUUGGAAACUCAUGCUUGUAUCCGUAAAGUCAGCCUGUGUUGGAGAGUAAGUAUUUGUCAUCCAUUUGUCCUCUCUGAAAUCAUGCAGUCUUUGUGCAUAUAUAUUCUGUGUACUGUAUGUUACGAGUACUGUUAUUGCUUUUUCUGUACACUCCUAGGUCAGUCUGUAUGCAUUCUGUGGCCGUUGAAGUUAUGUUUCUCCACUUGGUAAUCUGUUUAUAUCUUGGAGUAUAAUGGAGACAUUCCAUUCUGUAUGAGGAGGGCUUCCUAUUCACCCAUAGUAACACUGCUGCAUAUGUCACUGGUCCAAAAUCUUGUGAUACCAAAGUACCUUAUAUUAUAGUAAAGCGGACUUCCAUAAACUUGCUUGGUACUGAAGCCUUCUUAAAAAGCCUAACCACAAGUGCACUGACAAAAUACUUUUGGAAGCAAAUUUCAUGGCACACAAAAAAACUGGCAAAGUUUACAUCUAUUAAGGAUAAAAUAUGACUGCCAUAAUAUAACUCAGAUAACAGAGCCAGUGGGAAAGGGUUGGGUUAUGAAUCAUAAGACUGCUACAGUCAUUUAAAACAAAAGUUGCUUGUGUACCCUAAAUGUUCUAACAAGGUUUUUUUUUCCUUUUUUUUUUUUACACCACCUGACUCUGGGAAAAGAACAUUAAAAACAAAUUCUAUUUAUAAAUGUUAGAUCUAUUUAUGUAUUAAUGUUACAAUAUUAAAGAGGAUUUAUCAAUAAGUUACUGGGAAACAUGUCAUGGCAGCUGGAUAUUAAGCUGUUUGCUGUAACAUCAAAUAAAUCUGCCAGGAUUA